AUGACGAACACGGAAGAUAAAGUUCAAUGUUCAUUUGUCAUUGGUAAAUCUCUCGGGGUAGCGCCUCUGAAGAAGGUCACUGUACCACGUUUUGAGCUGACAGCAGCAACAGUAGCGGUACGUACAAACAAAAUGCUGAAAGAUGAGCUAGAAAUGAAAAUUGAUAGGUCAGUGUUUUGGACAGAUAGCAUGUCAGUAUUACGGUAUGUGCGAAAUACGACUUCUAGGUUUCACACAUUUGUAGCCAACAGACUGAUGAUAAUACAUGAAGGCUCAAACGUCAGUGAUUGGCGCUAUAUUAACACCAAGUUGAAUCCAGCAGACAUUGCUUCAAGAGGACUUCCUGUGGAAAACUCACUUUGGGGAGAAAGGUGGAUUGAAGCACCUAAAUUCUUGGAAAUGACGGAAGAAAACUGGCCAUCACUGCGGGAGAAUAACUUCGAGCUCCGAGAUGACGAUCCCGAAGUGAAGAAAGUAAAGGCAAACCUCACUUGCGUAAAGAGUGAAGAUGGUAGUAAAUUAGAGAAUGCGGGAACGGAGAAGUUGAUAAAUUACUAUUCGUCCUGGUACAAGUUAAAAAAAGGCGUUGCUUGGAUCUUGAAAUAUCGAAAUGAGCUUCGUAAGCGUGUACAUCAACAGGGUCAAAAAGGGGUUGUUGAACCAGAAGAGUCAGCCAGACUGUCAGUUGAUGAUUUACUAGAAGCUGAAAAGGCUAUUGUGAUGUACACACAGAGGACUGUCUUCAAAGAAGAAAUUGAAUUGCUGAAGAAAGGUCAUCACGUGAGUCGAAAAAGUAGUAUCAGAAAACUUGACCCCUAUCUUGAUGGUGGAUUGUUGCGGGUUGGAGGGCGUUUGCAUGAAUCUAGUUUACCUGCAGAAAGUAAACAUCCGAAAUAA